AUGUACCGAUGCCGAAUGGAGGCGCAAUACGCGUCUGCGCUGCGUGCCAUUCAGCGCAUCGUGCGGGAGGAUCCAAGGUACGGUUCACAGGCCUGCGUCAUGAACCCCCGGCGCGUACUUGAGCUGCAGCCCGGCGUGCCCGCCGUAUGUGUCGGGAUCGUGUACAAGAACAUGAAGCUGCUGCCACGCUUCCUUGACGAGUAUCAGAGUGAGCUUGUCCGCAUCGACGCUGGUGACGACGACAACGAUGAUGAGAGUGGCGUUGUGGAGGCUGUGCCUCUUGACAGGUCUGCAGAAACUGCAGCUGCUACGAUGCACCGCAGCAAUGAGGCCGAAGAAGAUGCAAACAACGACGGGCAGGCGCUUGCCGCAGCGGACGAACACUACAGCGUGUGUGACAGCGCUGAUGAACUGAUGCUAGAGGACAGCAGCGGCCGUGCUCUGCUGCAGGGACUCGAUGCCGAGCGCUUCUGCACCGGGAUCGUGCUGGGCGUCUAUGGCGCCCUGCUCCCCAAUGGCAGCAUGAAGGUGCUCCGCUACGCCUUCAGCGGGGACUUGGGCUCCGCGUUUGUCCCGCGCCCAGUGAUCCGCGCCACAGGCCCGUGCUACAUCGCCUUUGUGAGCGGGCUGAGCCUCAACGUCCCACGCGACAAUGGCAAGGAGGCGCAGGCUGCGGCAUCUCGCGCGCGGGCCUCGCUGGAGCUCUUGGUUGAGUUCUUGUGCGGCAACACGGGCAACGCCGCCUUGCGGGGCAAGGCGAAGUGCGUCUCGCGACUGGUGAUUGGAGGCGAUAGUAUUGCCCCCACUGACGAGCUGAAGCUCAAGAAGAAGGUGAAGCUGGACCCAUCUGACCACGUGCGGCUGAACGAUGACAAGGCACAGGGUAACACGGUCACCUCCGCCGCGCUAAUGCGGCAGCUGGACACGCUGCUGGAGCGUGUUGUGCGCACCGUAGAGGUGGAGCUGAUGCCAGGCGCUAACGACAUGUCUGAUGCGUUUCAGCCGCAGCAGCCGCUGCAUCCCUUAUUACUUCCCAAAGCCGGCAAGCACUCCACGCUGCGACUCGUCUCGAACCCGUUUUGUUUCACUGCGCAGCCUGGCGCGGCGACCGUGGCCACCACCGAGUUGUUGAAGAGUGAGGAGUGCGUAGAGUCGGAGGCGAAGAAGCACAAGACCGAGGUGGCCGAGGGUGUGAACUUCUUCGUGACAUCAGGGCAGAACAUAAACGAUGUAGCCCGCGAGUCACGCUUUCCGACGCGGCUGGACACCAUGUGCAUGGUGGUGGUAUCUGGCUGCGCCUGCCCUACGGCUCCCAACACCCUCUUCAGUUACCCUUUCUGCAACCACGACCCUUUCUUGUUCCAGAACACACCACACUGCGUUGUGGCUUGCGAUCAGCCGCAGUUCGAGACGCGCUACGCAACACUGGAUGAGCUGCACGAAGAGACUCACCACAACUUCACGGAAUCAGCGUCGUCGUCACCGCGAUUGAAGGCGACAGCGAGCGCCGUGUCUGCGAAGGGUGGCGAGAACAAGGCUGUUCUCCCAGAGGCUGGAGUGCGCCUGAUCUGCGUGCCGUCCUUCGCCCGCUCUGGGGCACUGGUGCUGGUGGACGUGAACUCGCCAACGCUGGAGACGAGUGUCGUGUCCUUCUUGGUGCCAUGA